GAGACAUGCUAUUGAGCUUUAAAAAAAUAUUUGAAUGUGUAUGUAACUUUAGAGACGGUCCCUAAAUUCACGAAUAUCGAACGUCAAACCAACUUUAUGCCAGUUCAAAACGGAGGCAAGAGUCAUUUAAGUUACAGUUUAUAGUGGUGCUCAAAAAAGUAUGGAGAUAACAUUUCGUGGGAAACGAGCUCUGGUCACCGGAGCUGGCAAAGGCAUCGGACGGGCCACUUCACUGGCUCUGGCACGCUGUGGGGCAGAGGUCACCGCUGUCACACGAACUAAGGCUGAUCUGGAUAGCCUAGUGCAGGAGUGUCCCUCCAUUAAGCCGGUAUGCGUGGACCUGUCGGACUGGGAAGCCACAGACCGGGCGCUGAAAGACGUCGGUCCAGUGGAUCUGCUGGUGAACAAUGCAGCUUAUGCUAAACUUCAGCCUUUUCUGGAGGUCACGCCAGAUCAGUUCGACAUGUCUUUCAAUGUCAAUGUUAAAGCUGCUCUUCACGUUGCUCAGAUCGUGGCUAAAGGCAUGAAGACCAGGGGAAGCGGAGGCUCCAUAGUCAAUGUUUCCAGUCAGGCUUCACAAUGUGCCCUGAAAGACCACGCUGUGUACUGUGCCACAAAAGGAGCUUUGGACAUGUUGACCAGAGUGAUGGCGCUAGAGUUGGGGCCACAUCAGAUAAGAGUAAACUCGGUGAACCCAACCGUGGUGAUGACAAAGAUGGGUAAAUAUGGGUGGAGUGACCCAGAGAAGGCCAAGAGCAUGACAUCACGUAUCCCACUGGGGAAAUUUGCAGAAGUGGAGGAUGUGGUCAACUCCAUCCUCUUCCUGCUGAGUGAAAAGAGUGCCAUGACCAAUGGAGUCAUCCUGCCAGUGGAUGGGGGUUUUCUGGCUUGCUGAUGGAUACCUUCUUAAAAUUGUCUCUCUAAAGCCGGUAGAGAAAACAUGUUUUGAACGGUUGAAGUCAGGCUCAUGUUAUGGCGUCAUGAAGCUGAAAGUAUUCCUUUUACUGUACCUAUUAAAACAGUUACAACAUGCAUACUGUAUCACAUGUCCGCUGAAUGAAAUGUUGCAUAGACAUUAAACUAAAAUGAACCAUUAAUCAGCUCUUGUUUUAACUGGCUCAUAUCCUCGUGUGACCCUUUAAUCAGAAAUGCUAAGGUCAACACUUCAUGCCGUUGCCAAUACCAUAUUUAAUUAGGUUUUGGAGUUUGGACUGUCAAGUCAUGUGAUAUCAUGUACGAAUAGUAAGGGUCAGCAUUUACAAUUGUGUGUUUCAUUUCUAUAGUGACCUAUAUAUAGGAAACCUAGAUUUUCCUGAUCAAAGCUUGGCCCUGUUGAUAUAAACAGCUAAUAAAUAAUACAUGUACGUACUCUGAAUGAUUAUUACAAUAUUUAGAGAACUGGAGGAUAGUCACACCGGAUACCAUUAAAUGUACAAAUACGUUAGGACAUGCGUUUAUGAAUACAGAAUAAUGAGAUCUGCAGUGCCAAAUGCCUUUCUUUUUUUAGACAUGUCCUACUGUAGGUCCAUGCAAUGCAAGGGUACCCAAAAACUGCUUGCAGUAAUAAAGUAAUCCAUGGCACCUUCAGAAAUAAUGUGUGUCAAAAUAUUUUUGUUUUGUUUCCGUGGAACAGAAAGACUACUGUAUAUAUAAAUGUAUGUAUUAAAAUGUCUAUUAGGACAGAAAAUCCACAGUAUAAACCUAGAAUAAUUGAUCGUUUCUGACAAUGGGUAAGGAUUCACAUCUAAAUUUUAUAAC